AUGGAUCUGGGUCGGGUCGGGGUGCCCGGAGCCAUGGGACCCCCAUCCUUGAAUCCCAAAGAACAAAAGAAGCAGAAGCGCAAGAGAAAGAAGAAAGUCCAGCUCACCGUGCACAUCGCAGCCCUCCUAGCCCGCCAGCAAUACAUCAUGCAGCUAUGCCGCGCAUUGAUGAAGUACGGCGCCCCAACCCACCGACUAGAAGAAUACAUGGUGAUGACCUCGAACGUGCUAGAAGUCAAAGCGCAAUUCCUCUACAUCCCCGGCUGCAUGUUCAUGUCCUUCGACGACCCCCUAACCCACACCGCAGAGGUAAAAAUCAUCCGCGUAAUCCAAGGCCUGGACCUCUCCCGCCUGGCCGAAACGCACAACGUCUACAAAAACGUCGUGCACGACCUUGUCGGCGUCGAACAAGCAACCCAAGACCUGGACCAGAUCAUGCAGCGCAACCCCCGCUACAACCGCUGGCUCCUCGUCUUCCUAACCGGCUGCGCCAGCGUCGCAGUCGGGCCCUACUCCUUCAGCGCCCGCCCAAUCGACCUCCCCAUAAUCUUCAUGCUGGGCUGUCUAGUCGGCUUCAUGCAGCACAUCCUAGCCCCCCGUUCAGCAACAUACUCCAACGUCCUCGAAGUCUCCGCCGCAAUCCUCACCUCCUUCCUCGCCCGCGCCUUCGGCAGCAUCACACACAACGGCACCCGUCUCUUCUGCUUCUCCGCCAUGGCCCAGUCCUCCAUCGCAAUGAUCCUCCCCGGCUUCGCCGUACUCAGCAGCAGUCUCGAACUCCAGUCCCACCAAAUGAACGCCGGCUCCAUCCGCCUCGUCUUCACAAUCAUCUACUCCCUCUUCCUCGGCUACGGCGUCACUGUAGGCACAACCAUCUACGGCCUCCUCGACCGCAACGCCACACUAGAAUCGACCUGUUCCGGCCUCGAAGUCUGGGGAAACGAGUAUAUCCAACGCUUCCCCUUCGUCGCGCUAUUCUGUCUCUUCGCCGCACUGAUCAACCAGUCCAAGCCCAAACAGCUGCCCGUCACCAUCGUCAUGGGCGUCUGUGGCUACGUCACGAAUUACUUCAGUACCAAGAAGCUCGGCGCGAAUCAGGUCGCUAAUACCGUCGGCGCGUUCACCAUCGGCCUGCUGGCGAAUUUGUAUAGUCGUCUCUGGCAUGGUCAUGCGGCGGCGGCGAUUAUUCCUGGCAUUUUCACACUCGUCCCGUCGGGUCUUGCGUCCAGUGGCUCCAUCAUCUCGGGACUGGAGUAUGCCCAGGCUGUUGCGACGGGGAAUGUGAGUAAUGCUGGGGCGACGUCUAAUAGCUCGCUUACCUCGUUGGGUUAUGGCAUGAUUCAGACGGCUAUUGGCAUUUCGGUUGGGUUGUUUAUAUCGGCGUUGAUUGUUUAUCCGCAUGGGAAGAAGAGGAGUGGGAUUUUCAGUUUGUAG